AUGGCUUCGGCAGGGUACGAUGAAAAAACACAGGAACUAAGCUUACAAUUUAAGUCUCCCGGAGAACAAAACGAUGCUCAAAAAUCCAGGGCGCAUGAACAAAUGAUCUUGUUUUACCUUGUAAAGCAAUAUUUAAAAGAUCUACUAAAAGAUACGGAAAACGACAUACUUUUUCGACCAUAUGGAAGCGCUGCUGAAGAUUUAAAGUGCAUUGAGCCAGAUGAUGUGGGAGAUGUGGAUAUUGUAAUAUAUCCUGAUUCAAGUCAUUUGAUGAUCCAUGAGGAAUUGAUCGAAUAUUUACCGGAGAAUCCAAUGCACGUCAGAAUCAAAGGAGCAGAUCACCCCGUUCUAAAGUCCUGCCUUGUAGAAGACAAAGAGUACGUGGCCACCUCAGUGUUAAAAACGUUCCAUCCGGAAAUUUAUGGGCGUGAAGUGAUUAGGGUUGUGGAUUUUAUCAUCUUUGCUACCGCUGGGCCUCUGAUGAUUAUGACGAAUCCAGAACUGUCAUCUCUUCUAGAAAGCACCUACCAACUGAAAAACAAGGAAGCCAGUCCUGCUUUAACUUUCAGUUUUUCCCGGCCGUUAAACAGACAACCGAAUAACUCGUUUCAUGUUUACAGAGAAGGAUUAAAAAGGAUGGCACACGGCUUUUGUAAACUUACAGGAACGGAAGAGCUUGCCAAGGUUAUUAACGAUUUUCCUCAGCUUACUAAUGAAUUAUAUACGUAUCUUGAUAGCAACGUCGCAUCGCUAUUUCAGAAGUACUGUCGGGUUUUCUUGAGUUAUAUCAGAGGUACAGAGCAAAAACCCAUCAAGCUCGGUUUCGAAGCAUUUCUAAGAGUCAACCGUAUGAUUAUAAAACCCAGAGAAAGAAGGAUGUAA